ACAUGCUCCGGCAGCCAAUGGAGUACAAGGGGGCGUGGUCACGGGCGUGGCAGCCGACACUACAGCGAUCGUCUGAGAGUCGCGCUGCCAUCACAACGGGUUUCAAUCACAUCAUUAUAACAGACCGAAAUAUCUUCAACUAUGUCUGAGGCUGAGUUUCAGAAAGCAGCAGAGGAGGUCAAACAGCUGAAAACGAAACCAACGGACGCUGAGAUGCUGGAAAUUUACAGUCUGUACAAACAGGGCACUGUAGGAGACGUUAACACUGCUCGACCGGGCAUGUUAGAUUUCACUGGCAAGGCCAAAUGGGAUGCUUGGGAGGCCAAGAAAGGUAUGAGUAAGGAUGAUGCUAUGAAAGCAUACAUCGCUAAGGUAGAAGAGCUGAAGGGGAAAUACGGAAUCUAAUAGAUGGAACCCAUCAUGGCCAGCCUGCCGUUACCUGUAAUGUUCUCCCAUAAAGUGCAUUUAGGCAUCCAGCAUGUCCCCUCACAAGGGUGCUACAGUUAUGCUGUAGCAUGCAGACUCUAUUCUGUGUAAGAGAAUAGGCACAUUCCUCGCAGGCCAAAAGAAAUCGUCCACCAGUAACCAUGUAGUGAAAGCCUGAUCUAUGCAAUGCCAUAAAAUCAUUUUUUUCAAAAAACAUUUUUGCUUUGUGUUUUCUUACAAACACUGACUAAGAAAAACGUUGGAUUUCCCUUAAAAAGUUUGAUACGGUUUUCUUUUGUUUGUUUGUUUUUGAGACCCUGUGAAAGAUUUUGUGAUUAAAAAAAUGAUCAAACGCA